AUGGCCGAUGCUAUACCUGACGCUUUAGCAUUACUAGCCUCCGGCUUUGAACGUGAUGGCUGCCCGAUACAGGCAAUCCAUUGCCUCCAGGCCCUUGCCAAUAGGCAGUUACCAUCAGACUUUGAGGCCAAGGCACGGUUGCACUUGGGUCGGUUGCUGCUUGAGCACACUUACAACUUUAAGGAGGCCUUGUGUCAUCUUCUACGCGCGGCGUAUACGGCGAUUUCGGACCUGCUUCCCAAAUCUAACCGGAGCUCCAGCGACUGGCCGGUCGUGUGCGCGUGGAUGUGUCGUCUUGCCCAGCGUGCCGCGGCUGUCCACGCGCGGUGUGGUCGGGGGGAAGAGGCGGUUCUGGCGGCUCGGGAGGGGCUGGCGGUCGCGGAGGCGAACGUGCUCCAGGAACAAAAGGUCAUCUUCCUGCUCAUCUUGCUGCAGCUAGCGUUGGGUCGCUGGGACCAUGCAGCAGUUGACUCAGCGCUGAACUCCCUUCGGACUGCCCUCACGGAUACGGCGACAGCGGCGGCGGCGGCGGUGGGGAGGGGUACCGGCGCGACAGGUAGUGGUGGUGGUGGUGGUCUGGAUCCGUAUUGGCAUCCGCACGUGCUGCUGCACGUGAGCCUGUUGCAGGUACUGUAUUUGCUACGUCUGGGAAAGGUUACGGAGGUGGUCAAAGCCGAACCGCAGGGGGCUCCAAAGCAGCAACAGCAAUCGGCACCGGCAACAGCCGCCGCCGCCGUGGCCCCUCCCGACCCUGACGGGCCCGAUAUGCCGCCGCCGCCCGUGCUGGAACGACUUGAGGCCCUGCUGCAGCAAAUCAAACAACAACAACAACAGCAGGGUCAAGGGCAGUGGCAGCAAGGGCAAGAUGAAAAUCUGCACUCUGUGCUAGAUGGGCGAGAGCCCGCCGCGAAGGGCUUCUUCCGUCCCGUACCUUUGACGGAAGCGCUAACCGACUGCCGUACAUCCUGCCUGGCCUUCCCAGCCUGGAGCCGCUGGUGUGUUUGGUGUGCGCCACUGCCCUACGUGCCGGCAGCACACGGCCGCGCCUGGUGGAGGCAUACUUGCAACGAGCUGUUGCUGGCUGCGGGAAUCGAUCCCCUGACCCCCAGCGGCGGGGGCGAAGGUGGCGGUAUGGAUGUCGAGGAGGCUGGCCUGCCCCAUCAGAUCGUCGACCAUGCCAGGACGGGUUUGCAGCUGCAUGCACUGGUGCUGCAGUGUAAGAUUCAAGUGGAGUUGGCGAAGGCCGAGCUCCGUGCCGCCCGGGAUGACUUGCUGUGUUGUCAGCAGCUCCACGAGCGGUUCCCCUCCCUGCUCCGGGGUCUCCUACCCGGGGCGCAUCUGGUCACCGGGCAGUACUGUGUGGCCACGGGGGAGCUGCCGGUGGCUGUGGCGCAUUUCGAGUUCGCCCGGCGCAACGCACCCAGUCGGCCUGCAGCCGCCCUGGCUGCCGUACUGGAGGCCGAAGUACAUUUGUCCGUACGGCCCAAUACACACCCCCAAGCCCAGCAACAUCAGGCGGCCGGGGCCGGGGGGGAUGUGGGAAGUGCUUUGGCGGCCCUGGGGCCUUUUUACGCUGCAGCGCAGGAAGGGACCACUAACCCCACGUCUGUCAGCGCCAGCGGUAAGCUUGCUGGCAGUGCCAUGGCGGCGGCGGCGGCGGCAGUGGCUGGCGGCGGAGGCGGUGUCGGUGGCGGUCCGGAUGUUGGCGGUCUGGGUAACCUGGAGGAAGCUGCUUGCAUGCUGGCGAGUGCUUCAUGUCUGGAGCAGCAGGGGGAGCUGGCCGCAGCGAAUCAACUGCUUUCCCGGGCUCUCAAGUUGGCGUUCAAGCGGCUGGGGCACACGCAGCUCACCUGCGCCAUCCUCAACCAGCUGGCGCCCAUCAUCAUGAGCCAACAGCCGGGACAGCCCGACACACACUCCGCCUCGGAGGCAGCCAAGUCAGCUGUCACGCUCAGCCAGCAAGCGGGGGACUUGUGGGCUGAGGCUCAGGGCAAGCAGCUGCUGGCGGCCAUCGCGCGCGUCCGGGGUGAACCGGACCGCGCGGCGGCGGAGGCCGCGUCGGCGGCUCGGCGGCUGCACCGCAUCGCCGCGGCGGCUGCGGAGGCCCUGUCGGACAGCGGCCGACACGGCUACGCGGCGGGUUGGGGCUUGACGGCGGUUUCGGAGUGA